AUGCAUAGACUAGUACACUUAUCAACCAGGACGUGGAUUAGUCAGAACGGCCGUGGAGAAGAGACAAGGAAGGUGGCAUUAAAACACCUCUUGAAAGUCUUUCCAUCCGACGAUUACACAAAUCGUGAGAUCUGGCGGGAAUACAUACCGCAUGUAGCACGUAUAAAGAGAGAUGAGCAAGUGGAACAAGGAGAAGAGAAGAGCGAACUCUGUCAGAAGGUUGGGCGAUGCCUAUACGUUGACGGAAGGAUACAGGAAGCUGUUAUAUGGCUUCAAGAGUGUUGUAAAUGGAGGGAGCUAAAUCUCACUAAAUAUGAUCCUAACCGGCUUCUCUCGCAGCAUAUUCUCGCCGGAGCAUAUCAAGCGAACGGACAGGUGAAGGAGGCGGUGGAGCUGCUGGAACGUGUUGUCGCGAUACAAGCAGAAGUGCUAAAAGAAGACCAUCCAUCUCAAGUGGCGUCCCAGCACGAGCUCGCCAGAGCAUAUCAAGCGAAUGGACAGGUGAAGGAGGCGGUGGAGCUGCUGGAGCGUGUUGUCGCGAUACGUACGCAAGUGCUUAAAGAAGACCAUCCCUCUCGACUAGUGUCGCAGCACGAGCUCGCCGGAGCAUAUCAAGCAAACGGGCAGGUGAAAGAGGCGGUGGAGUUGCUGGAGCGUGUUGUCGCGAUACGUACGGAAGUACUCAAAGAAGACCAUCCCUCUCGACUGGCGUCGCAGCACCAGCUCGCCAGAGCAUAUCAAGCGAACGGACAGGUGAAGGAGGCGGUGAAGCUGCUGGAGCGUGUUGUCGCGAUACAAGCAGAAGUACUUACAGAAGACCAUCCCUCUCGACUAGCGUCGCAGCACGAGCUCUCCAGAGCAUAUCAAGCAAACGGACAGGUGAAGGAGGCGGUGGAGUUGCUGGAGUGUGUUGUCGCGAUACAAGUGGAAGUGCUUAAAGAAGACCACCCCUCUCAACUAGCGUCGCAGCACAACCUCGCCGGAGCAUAUCAAGCAAACGGACAGGUGAAAGAGGCGGUGGAGCUGCUGGAGCGUGUUGUCGCAAUACGUACUAAAGUGCUUAAAGAAGACCAUCCUGAUCGACUAGCAUCGCAGCACGAGCUCGCCAGAGCAUAUCAAGCGAACGGUCAGGUGAAGGAGGCGGUGAGGCUACUCAAGCAUGUUGUCGCGAUACAAGCAGAAGUGCUCAAAGAAGACCAUCCCUCUCGACUGGCGUCGCAGCACAACCUCGCCGGAGCAUAUCAAGCGAACGGACAGGUGAAGGAGGCGGUGGAGCUGCUGGAGCGUGUUGUUGCAAUACAAGUAGAAGUGCUAAAAGAAGACCAUCCCUCUCAAUUAGCGUCGCAGCACGAUCUCGCCAGAGCAUAUCAAGCGAACGGACAGGUGAAGGAGGCGGUGGAGCUGCUGGAGCGUGUUGUCGCGAUACAUACAGAAGUGCUUAAAGAAGAUCAUCCCUCUCAACUAGCGUCGCAGCACAGCCUCGCCGGAGCAUAUCAAGCAAACGGGCAGGUGAAGGAGGCGGUGGAGUUGCUAGAGCGUGUUGUCGCGAUACGUACGGAAGUGCUUAAAGAAGACCAUCCCUCUCGACUAGCGUCGCAGCACGAGCUCGCCAGGGCAUAUCAAGCGAACGGACAGGUGAAGGAGGCGGUGAAGCUUCUGAAGCAUGUGGUCGCGAUACGUACACAAGUGCUUAAAGAAGACCAUCCCUCUCGACUAGUGUCGCAGCACAACCUCGCCAGAGCAUAUCAAGCAAACGGACAGGUGAAGGAGGCGGCGGAGCUGCUGGAUCGUGUUGUCACGAUACAAGCGGAACUACUCAAAGAAGACCAUCCCUCUCGGCUGGCGUCGCAGCGCGAGCUCGCC